GCUAGCUUGGUACUUGCAUAAUGAUGCUAAGUGUAACCAAAACGAACUGACAUCAUUUAGACAAGUUCUUUCUUCCUUCACGCAGUACUCUUCGAUACAUAAUGAAGUGUAUCCAGCUAAUAACUCUAGCAUGCUUGGGAUUAGCAGUCGUUAGUGUCGACACAGGUGUCGAGGGACAUGAUGUUCUUCUUCGUUUGCGAGAUGGGGAAAGUCGGAACGAGGGACGCGUGGAAAUCUACCACGGGCUUGAAUGGUACACGCUUUGUAAUGAAACCUGGAACGAGAACAUCGCCCAGGUUGUCUGCAGACAGCUUGGCUACAGUGGGGUCCAGCGCGUCGGGAACACCCACGACUUUGGGCUGUCGAUGUGCCAGAUUUUCCCGGGAUACAUGUGUGAUGGGGACGAGGAUUCACUCGCGCAGUGCGACGAAAUAGAGGCGACGGGUUAUGAGUUCUGCGAGAUUGGAGCUGCAGUGGUUUGCCAAACUUAUCAAGAAGAACUUGAGCGACAUUUGAUAAGAGCCAUUGCACACAAACUUGCUUACGAGAGCGCUCGAAGUUUACUCCAGGAAGACUUGGAUGAAAAACGUGACGAGAAAGCAAAGUUUGCCGACUUUCUCGAAGAAAAGGACCUUGAGUAAAUACACAUUUCCAAUUCUGACCAUGACGAGGUGGCUGAUGAGAAGUGGAAUAAGUGACAUACUACGUCAUGUUUGAAAGACACGUCACCUUAAACUUAUCUACUCUCCUAUGAUCCGGCUUAAAUAAAUCUUAUGUUUUCGUUUUAGUGAAGGAUAUAAAGACCGGUUCAAUAAUUAUUUUGUUAGAUUUUGUUAUGGUUCGAUUUUACAAAAAAAAUAGUAAAAACUUUUUGAGUCUCGUAAGUUUUUUAUGCUACAAUUAUUUAUUAAAAAACUUAUUUUGCUGGGUUGCACAAAGAUGUAGUCGAAAAUUAAUAAUACUUUGAUUGUUUGCUUUACAAUAAUUAAUAGCCUAUAUCGCUGCUGUACUCCCAAACUAAAUUAAUUUGGUUUGCACCAACUGAUUACAAAAUUAUAUUGUUUUAUUUUUUGCAAGCAAGUUAUCAUCGGUAUUGCAUGGAAUUGAAUCGUUCGUGUGGCUAAGAUGAUGGCCCCAUAUUUUAUUCAUAGGGGAAAUCCUGACAUAAACCUUUGUGCUGACUCGAUUGGAUAACGUGUUAUGCGUUUCCAACACGCUGAUUGCGCUUUUAAAGCUACGUAAAGUUCUAGAGCAAUGCAACAACUCUAAAAUAGGCCUCCGGGUAAAAUGCCAAUAGAACUUAAACGUUAAAGCUAAGUAGAAGAUUGAAAUAAUGACUAAGGAAAUCGGUGUCUGUAUGGAAUAAUGUGAAAGAAAAACAAUUAAUGAAACGGAACGAGCUGAAAAGCUUGUAAAUGGCGAAGUCUUUUGUAAAAGAUCUUAUCACCAUGAAAUUCACAGUAAGCCAACAGAACCACCAAUCUGGGGAAAAAUAGUGCUGCGCUUUUGAAGGGGAAGGGAUGCAAAAGGGCAAAAGCAAAUAUGUAUACAUUUUUUUUAAUGAAGUUUUGUUUGAAAAGCUAAUAAGAUUUGGAAAAUCACUUAAUUUGAGCAUUAAAAAUCACUUGAUUUUUACUUUAUUAUCCACAGUCACUCACAUGCCAAAUGGUAAAUUGCAAAAUGCAUAGUCUCAUGGAAAUAAAAUUAAUAGUUGAUGUUGCUUAUAAUGAAUCUUCA